CCAUGAGUUGGUACAGUUCCCUUGUUCGUCUUCUCCAUUUUUUUUUCUCUCCCCUGGAUGAGCUCUCGAUAGGGGGAAAAAAAAGGGCUGAAGAAAGAAAUCGAGGCGGAGAAAAAUUGAAGUCUUUAGGCUCCAUCCUGGCUGGAAUUGCUCAUUCGCUUUUGGUUUUAUCGUAGAUGGUUUGUAGAAGGAGGCUCUUGAAUCGAAUGCCCUAAUCUAUGAUGUUAACGUCGAGACCCCUUUUGUACCCUAAUUUCCCCGUGCUUGUAACAUCAUCAAGCCCUAGCUUUGGCUGCAAAAGCUGGCAUUUUCCGCGCUGCAAAUCCCCCACGAGUUUCAGACUACACGCACAAAACGGCGGCAAUGAUCUGGGAAAUGGUCUCGGUGGGAAAGACGAAGUACGAGGGGGAAACGAACCGAUCAGUAACGGGAAUGGCUCGAGGAAAGAGGGAUGGCUAGGGUUCAAUCUCCGGUGGGGCGAUCUCUUGAAUCCGGAUCCGGACAAUUUCGUGGCCAUCGGACUAGCCGGAGUGCUGACAUGGGCGAGCGUUCAGGUCCUGUCUCAGCUCCUCUUCAUCUCUCUCGCCAUUCUUGUUGCUGCUCUCAAGUACUCCUUCAUUGCCGCCCUCCUCAUUUUCAUCCUCAUCACCCUCCUCUAAGGCCUGCCAUUCUAUGCUCUAUGGGUAUUGUACAUUUCCAUUAACAUGGUUAUUCAAGAUUUUUAGACUAUUUGCAUUCAAAUCUGAAACUAUUAGACUGUAUGUUUCAUUAUCCCAGCUGGUACGUAUGGGAUCGGGUCAAUGAAUUCAAACUCGUGAGACCCUGUCAGUCAA